GAGACUAAAGCGAGACAGAGCUGUAUAACACAGUAGUGUGAGUACAGUUCAGUUCAGUAGACUUCUGCAUCAACUCCCAAAUAUACUGAAACCUUUCAAUUCAAUAACGUGUAGAGAUGAACGCGAGCUGCGGUGGGCUCGUAUAAACGCGCCUCCUCGGUUUAUUAUGUGCAGUAGUCCAUAAUGCCUUUGGUUAGCCACGUUAGCCGGUUAGCAGUUGGUGUUUUUCAGUAGCUUUAGCUCAGACGCUGUAGGAUGUGUUGAUGGUUUUUGUUUUGUGUUCGUGUUCGUGUUCGUGUUGUUCGGUUUAUAUGGCGAGUCUGUGUAAUGAUCAUAGUGCAGGUGCAGCUAGUUGAUAUGUUAUUGGUUAAAUUAAUUAAUAAACGCUACUUGUUUGGUAUAUGUUUGGCUAACUCGAUUGUAAGCUUUCUGGCUACUUAAUGCUAUUUAUUUCGACGUUUGUCUGGACUGUGUGUUUGAUUAGAAAGCAUUAAUUUGAUAAAAGUAACAUGAAUUCUGAUACUGAGCGUUUGACUGACGCCACGUCCAGUUUAAUCGCAUGACCUCUUCUUAAAGCCGUAAAAGUUCUUGAUAGCUGGUUAUUUGUAUUAUCAACAAAGGGAGUAAGCCGGUUGCAGUGUUUCUGUCCAAAAUAAGGUACCUGGAGUGUCUAAUUCGGAAGAUAUACUUGGCCUCCUGCCUCAGUCAUGGAGAAAGAUGCCUAUAUAGAGGAUAAGGGUGUUAAUAAAAUGGGGCAUUCAGUGAAGACUUCUGUGGUAACAUCUGCCUACAGAUACACAAAGGAGGAGCUUUUGGAAAUCAAAGAGUUACCAAUCUCCAAUGAGAGACCAGAAUGUUUAUCACAGAAAUAUGACAGUGAUGGGGUGUGGGACCCUGAAAAAUGGCAUGCUUCUCUGUACCCCUCAGAGAAUGACUCUACAGGAGAGGAUAGGCCAUCCUUGAAACGCAGAAUUGCUGACCCAAGAGAGCGUCUUAAGGAGGAUGACUUGGAAGUAGUUCUUAGUCCACAGCGGCGUAGUUUUGGUGGUGGUUGCCAAGUUGCACCUUCUGUCCUGACUCGAUGUGCUGUCAGCCCCCUGGAAAAUAAAGAAAAUGAGUCUCUUCGUCUCGGCGGUACACGGCGCAUCGGAAGUGGCCGCAUUAUGGCGGCACGUGGGUUUGAGAGGGAUGUGCGACCUGACAAGGACCGAAACCGUGAGAGAGAAAUUGACUUUAAGGACAAGAGAUUUAGGAGAGACUUUGGUGACAAAAGAGUCUUUAGUGAACGAAGAAGAAAUGACUCUUAUGCUGAAGAGGAGCCAGAAUGGUUUUCUGGUGGACCCACCAGCCAGUCAGAAACCAUUGAGCUCAUUGGCUUCGAUGAUAAAGUUCCAGAGGAUGACAAGCGGAAGCCCAAGCGCUCAAGGAAAAGAACUGAGUCUAUUAAAGAAGUUGAGUGUAAUGGAGGUCUGUCUGAGGAGCCACGGGUGGUCCAAGAGAUGGGAGCUGAUCAGGAGGUUCCUCACCCAGAUGUUCUUCCUGAGCAAAUUGCUGGCGAGUUUGACUUCAACGAGUUCUUUAAUCUGGAGAAGACAAUGCCUGGCCUGGCUUCGAUGAUUGAAGAUGUGCUUGGUGAAGGGCCAGUCUCCAUGAGCCGUUUUAGCCGCUGGUUUUCCAGUAAUCAGAGUCCCUCUGGUAGCCGCUCCAGCAGCCUGCGCUCCACCCCACAUGAAGAACUAGAGAGGCUAGCAGGUCCAAGAAGUAGCUCUCCCAGUCAUGGUCCUACACCUUUCUUUACUCCCAUUUCCUCUGAAGAACGGAAAGAAAAAGUGGACAUCUUGGAACUUCUCCAAAAGGCCAAGGUUGACUUAAAACCCCUUCUUUCCAGCUUAAAUGCCAACAAGGCCCGGCUGAAAGAGAGCACCAAUUCAGGGGUGGUGUUGUCUCUGGAAGAGGUGGAGUGUGGGUUAAAGGGGCUUAAGGUUCAGCCUGAACAGCCUCAACCACCCCAGCAACUUCAGAGUCAGGGCAGUGGAACACCCUUUAUGGCCGAGCACCUUGAAGAAGCUCUUACGGGAAAUUCUGGGGUCACGGUCCGUCCCCGUGAUCCUGACAUGUCUGCAUUUAACAAGCUAGUGAGCAGUAUGAAGGCAAGUGGAACCCUGCCCACUCAGCCCAAGACCAGCGCAAGCAAUUUGCAGCAUUCAGCAGAUCCUGCCAUUCUGAGCACCUUAUGUGAGGUACCCAUCACAAAGCAGAAGAGCAUAUUUCAGGAGUUGUUAGGUGUUCAGGGGACUCCAAGAGCAGGUUCUCCACUUCUUGGUGGUCUGAUGGGUAGUCCCAAUGUUCCUGCCCCUGGCCUUUUGCACCAUCGUGACGCUUCACCUCCUUAUUUUCCACAUAGAUGUCCAGUUCCGGACUUUUACACAGGAUGUGUGCAGCCCCCAACAGGGUUUCCAGUUGCUCCAGGGCAUAUGUUGAGAGACCAGAUUUCUGAAAUGCACCGUGCAAUGAGUCCUGGACUCACAGCACAGUUAAGGGCAUUGCCAAUGGGAGUGGACCAGGCGGAUAUAGAUGCUUUAAUGUUCCAGCAGGAUCUGGCAAUGCACGCUCGAUAUCAGUACCAACAAGGUUACAAUAAAUACGUCAGUGAUAAAGCUUUUCGUAACAGGCAGCAGAGGAUUAACCGAUCCCCUGGCCCUCACCCAGGUGGUAGGAAUUCACCUGUCACAGCAGUUACAAGUAUGCUGUCGCCAUCCUUUACUCCAACUUCAGUGAUUAAAAAGAUGUACGAAUCGAAAGAGAAGACUAAAGACGAGCCAACAAGCAGGCCUGGAAGCAAAGAGGACACGGCUAACUCGCAGGAAGACAAUCCUUCCCCAAAUUCAUUCCUUGAAGGUAUGGACAAUAGUGGCCCUCAGACAGGUGGAGUAAAGGCUUGCUCCACCCCUGUCUCAGCUCAGAAUCGCCAGUCUAAAGAAGCAGAACGAGCUAGACCCAGCUCCAGCACAGGGCACCACACUCCAGCUAUGCUUUCUCCAGGCUCCUCUUCUUUCCCAAGACCUAUUUACCAAGUACCCAUUUUGCCUCAUGUCCCACUGGUAAGGCCUUCACCACCGCAGUUACACCCCAGUGUGGUACAAAGGAUGAUUGCCCAGGGUGUCCAGCCCCAGCAACUGGGACCUGCACUUUUACAAACAGGACUUUUCCCCCAAGCUGUGGAUCUGUCCCAACUGCAGGGUCUUCCCCCUGCUCUCUUAGGCCAGCCUCUGUAUCCACUGGGCACUGCAGGCCACCCGCUAAUAUCGCCGAGAGCUGCUGGAACACACAUGCCAUUAGCAGUCAUGCAACAACAGCUCCAGCAUCAACAGAGGCCAAAUUUUCACACGUUACCUACUGCAGGCCCACAGUUGCAAAGCCCUGGUGCACAUCGGACAAACAACCCCCAGCGCAGAGGAGGCAGCCCACCUUUAGGUCUGGCCAAGUGGUUUGGCUCAGAUGUGCUACAGCAACCUCUUCCCUCCAUGCCUUCAGCUAAAGUAAUCAGUGUUGAUGAACUGGAGUUCUGCCAGUAAUGACAUCCUGCAGCCAGUCUGUGUAAAAGCAAGACCGCUGUUCCCCACAGCUCUGUUUAAUUUGAAAAAUGUGAACUUUUAGUUCCUGUGAUAAUGUACAGAUGAUGGAGUGUUGUGUGUGGUACAUCCUCCAUUACAAACCUUGCAGUUAGUUUGUAGUUAAAAAGGCCUAAAAGUUAAGGAAAAAGGGAAAGGCAAGUUUUGGACUAUUUCUUUAUUUCUGUUUGCUAUUGUCCUAUCACUUUGUUAGGGAGUUGUUGUUGUUUUUUUUUUCCUGUUUAUUUGCAGUAAAGAAGUAAAUAAUGUAUAGGCCAGAUUUGUACAGAUUAUGGGACUGGAUUUUUUUUUCCACCCUGUACAUAAAUUUCUUUUUUGUUUCUUGUCUUGCUGUGGGGAAGACUAGGGCCACUAAGUUGUUUUUCCCUUGACUGUCCCCUUUUCACUAGUAGUGACAAGUUCUUUAGUUUGAACAGAGUGGGAACAUGCUGCACUGCUGAUUACUGGUUUAUUGAACUAGAGGUACCCACACAUUUGGGGGACUGCUUUUUCCAUCCAUCAAAUCGAUCUCUCGCUGGACAAGAGUAGCUGGAACCUGCUGGAGCUGAGCCCACAAGGGGCUGCAGUAUGUAUGUGCCUUUUUUUUCCCCUGUCUAUUCUCCCUUACACCCCCCCACCCUCACUUUGUCUCCCAGCCAGUCUUCGUCUUCAUUGAACGAGAAGCACUGCUCACAUUAUUUGUGUUAGGUGGCUGGGGAUUCUUCAAAGAAAUGUGCUAAUCGAAAAAGCACAGUAGAAUAAAAUGUUCAAUAAAAAACACAUUUUUUGUUAA